AUGCGGCUCCGAACAUGGGGCGUGGCAGCACUGCUGCUUGGCUGGGCGCUCUCUCUUUGGAGGCCGCGGUGUUUGAUCCCCCGCCUCCGCUGUGGCACCGCCGCGGCGCUUGCGGCGCGGCCGCUGGCGCCCAUCACAGUGAAUAUGCGCCGCGCGAUCGCCUCCCUGAAGGACGUGGGCGCGUCCCGUGAUGUGUACUAUGAUGUCGUGGACCCGGAGCUAUCGAGUCGAGAAGAGCAGGUCGGGUACUUCAAUGCCGUUGGGGCGAACAACAACGGUUGGCAGCUUGAGCCCGAAAUCGGGGCUCGCCUGCUGUCCUCGUUGCAGCUGACUCCAGACGACGUGCUGAUGGACUUGGGAUGUAGCACAGGAGCCUUCGUGCUUCUUUCGGCGCUGCUCUCGCCUGCACGCAAAGUGAUUGGUGUGGAGCUGUCUCCCUCCCGCCACGCAGAGGCCGAGGCAGCACUGGAACGGCUGGCCGUGCGAAGGCCGGAAGUUGCUGCCAAAGUGCAGUUCCUUCAAGGGGACUUCAAUGCUCGCUCCGAUGCCAAGAUCUCACAGGCAGUGCAAAGCACCACCGUGGCGUACUACGCUUGCAACAGCUUGGCCGACUUCAACCUCUCCACUGGUGAGGCGACGUGCAGGCCGGUGGACGAUGCCCCGGUGGUAGCGGCACUGACGCCCGGGACGCGCUUCGUGAGUCUUAGCGUCUUGGCGCCGGAGUUCGAGAUGUGGAACCAGGUGGAGCUGGAGGGUGCCAUUGACAUGGAAAGAGCGUACUCGGUCAAGAAGAAGCGCUGCCGCCUCGCGCUGGAAUAUCGAAUCCUUGGUCGCCUCUGA